AUGUCGAGUCACGAUGUCUUGGAGCUCGCCAGAGAACUCAAUUCCUACCCAGAGGCUGUGUCACUGGUCAUUGGACGGACACCGACAAACGCGAAAUUCAGCAAUUGCUUCGUAGGGCAGCAGAUGCAGCAUCACGUUGUUGAGAGGCUGCUUGACCGUUUAUCGAAGGACGGAAUCCUUGCGGCGCACUCCGAAGAUGCAGGAACCGGAUUAGGAAGGAACGGCCACGAAGACCUGGUUAAUGAGUAA